GGAGGCGUGAUGCUAUAAAGACACCCUGGGAAACUCUAGGAGUCCUACCCCACUGCUGUACCAAACCAAGGCUGCUGAAUAUGAUAAACAACGUUGCCGUAGUGUUACUCCUUUUAGGGGCUGGAGUUCAUUCAUUCGAAUUUGAUGAGUUGAAAAAAUAUGUGGACACACAUAAAGAAGAGUAUGUACAGGCGCUGCGAGAGUGGGUUGCCGUGGAGAGUGACUCAAGCGACAUCACUAAGAGGUCAGAGGUUCAGCGCAUGAUGGAGCUGGUAGCAGAGAAACUGCGUGUCCUCGGGGGCAAGGUGGAAAUGGUGGAUAUUGGCAUGCAGAAGCUGCCAGAGGGAGGCACGAUAGCUUUGCCCAAAGUGGUAACGGCAGAGUUCGGUUCUAAUGCGAGGAAAGCCACGGUGUGUGUGUAUGGCCAUGCAGACGUCCAGCCAGCCCGAAAAGAGGAUGGAUGGUCCACAGAACCCUACAACUUAACUGACAUUUAUGGAAACUUGUAUGGCAGAGGGACGUCAGAUAACAAAGCUCCGGUACUGGCGUGGAUCCAUGCAGUGGAGGCUUACCAAGCUCUUGAAAUAGACUUGCCCGUGAACGUGAAGUUCAUUAUCGAGGGGAUGGAGGAGACUGGCUCGAAUGGUCUGGCUGCCAUGAUCGAGGCCCAGAGAGACACAUUCUUCUCCAACGUUGAUUACAUCAUCAUUUCUGACUGUGGCUGGCUGAGCACAAGGCCUGCUCUCACCUACGGAACCAGAGGCAACUGCUACUUCUUUGCUGAGGUGGAAGGACCCAAGCAGGAUUUACAUUCUGGGGUACACGGAGGCACAGUGAAGGAGCCUAUGACAGAUCUGAUUGGAAUUUUAGACACAAUGAUCAGUUCCAAUGGAAGCAUCCUGAUCCCCGGCAUCAGAGAUGCAGUGGCCCCCUUCUCCGAUGACGAAUGGAAGUUGUAUCAAAAAAUUGACUUUGACAUGGACAGCUACAAGGCCAAGAUUGGUGUUGAUCAGCUCAUGUAUGAAAACAAAGUUGAGCUUCUUGCUCAUCGGUGGCGUUACCCCACUGUGUCUAUCCAUGGAAUAGUGGGUGCCUUCUCUGCCCCAGGCACGAAAACGGUCAUCCCAGCCAAGGUCACUGCUAAGUUCUCAAUCCGCCAGGUACCAGACAUGGACCCUGCAGUGGUCGAGAAACAGGUGACAGACCACCUACAAUCUGAGUUUGCAAAGCGUAAAAGCCCCAAUAAACUAAAGGUGACAAUGAUUAUUGGGGCUAAGCCAUGGUUAGCUGACCCCAAACACCCUUUGUAUCAGGCUGGAAAGGCAGCAGUCCAAAGAGUGUUUAACACAGAGCCUGACCUGAUCCGCGAAGGAGGUACAAUUCCAAUUGCCAGGACCUUCCAGGAUGUGAUGGAUAAGAGCAUUAUCAUGCUGCCCAUUGGAGGCUUUGACGAUGGCCUUCACUCCCAGAAUGAGAAGAUGAGCAGGUACAACUACAUUGAGGGAACCAAGCUGUUCAUUGCUUACUUGCAUGAAGUGGCUCAGAUUAAGAAGGACUGAUCAUGAGCGAUGAAGCUACGUGGCUUGCUCUCUGUAGCACUGACUGUUGCCAGUCUCAGAACUUUUAAGAUUAGUUUGAUCCUCAAUGAUUUAUACAUUAAUGAUUUUUAAACUUUUAAUUUACAUAUACCUUGCUUUGUAACUGGUUAUAGGUGAUAAAAAAUAUUAACCUGAAGAUCAAUA